CGCCCAUUACGUGAAGAUCCAACUAACGAGUCCCGCCGGCCGGCGGGCUCGAAUGGCGUCGGUCCCGCCGCGGACCGCCGUGGCCGUGCUUUAGAAUCUUGCUGCUUGAUUGAGAUGACAAAACCAAAUUACCAUCGAUCGGGUUACAGUGCUUCCACUGGCUGGAGGAGUCAAACCUAUACUGUAAGAAGCGAUUCACCACAUGUGAUGUGAUGAGAUAACUGGUAAGAGUGAGUGAGUACUACGUACUUAAUAGCUCCUGUGUCUGUUUGCCUCGCAUCAGACUUUAGAAGAACCGACAGCUGCCUAGGGUGGUGGCGGCAGCGAUGUCGGAGCCGGUUGUGGUGGUGGGCGGGUGGGCGAGCCCGUUCGUGACGCGAGUGUGCAUCGCGCUCAAGCUCAAGGGCGUGGAGUACGAGUUCCUGCAGGAAGCGGUGGGCAGGAAGAGCGAGCUGCUGCUCAGAUCCAACCCCGUGCACAAGAAGAUGCCCGUGCUCCUCCACGGCGGCCGCCCCGUCUGCGAGUCCCUCGUCAUCCUGCAGUACGUCGACGAAGCCUUCCCGGGCUCGUCCAUCCUCCCGGACGACCCCUACCACCGCGCCGUCCACCGGUUCUGGGCAGAGUACGCCGACGCCAAGCUCCACACGGUGCUUCGGACGAUGAGAGGCAUGGUCGGCGGCGAUAAGGCCGAUGCCGCGGAGCAGGUGUCCGCCGCGCUCCGGCAGCUCGAGGACGCCUUGGCGGAGUGCAGCGGCGGGAAGCCCUACUUCGGCGGCGAAGACGUCGGCUUCCUCGACAUCGUCGUUGGCUCCUACAUCGGGUGGUUCGGGGCGGCGGAGAAGAUCGCGGGACUGCGCGUCCUCGACGAGGCGAGCACGCCGCGACUGGCGGGCUGGGCGGCGCGGUUCUGCGCGCACGAGGCCGUCAGGGACCUGAUGCCCGACGCCGACAGGCUCGUCGAGUUCGGCGAGGUGCUCCGCGCGGCGCUGGCGGCCAACGCUUCCUCCCGGCCAUAAGGCGCCGGGGCUUCCACGAGACGUCUCUUGCAACCUGGUUGGGUUGACUUGUCUUAAUUACGGCAUAUCAUCAGAAUGAACACUUGCCAGACAAAGAACAUCUUUAGAGUACCUCCUUUCUAGCUUUCUAGGGGUCUGUUUGAUUCUACAGUAGAUUCUAUAAAACCUACCGUAAACUGUUA